AUGUCCCAAACUCCCGGUCAAGUUGGCAUCCAAGCCGCUGCCGUGAUCUCUGGGUCUUUUCUAUCAGACCAACAAAGAUCUCCCCAGGCUGAGAGAAUCACAGGCGCAAUGAUGUCCAUCUCCCUCAUCACGAUCCCAGUUCUACUAGAUACCAGCACCCAAUCCAGGCCACUGCUAGAUCAAUUCGUGACUCUUUACGACUACGGCCACAAGAUCAUGCCAACUCUCUCAGUCGGCACAUGUGCCCUGUAUCUUUUCAUUGCUAGCAGAAAGCGAGCCCUAGAUCUUCCAUGGCCCAUUUACGGUCUUGCAGCGGCAUCGACUAUCUCCAUAGUGCCAUUCACGUGGAUUUUCAUGACCCCAACGAACAACGCGCUAUUUGCAAUGCAUGCUGCAUCGGAGCCUGAUUUUCAGGAGGCCCGGGAACUCAGUGUCCGGUGGCAGUGGUUGCAUGUAAUCCGUUCACUUUUCCCAUUGGUUGGGGCCGUGAUAGGAUGGAGAGGCCUGCGGGCCAGUCUUGGGUAA